AUGGAAUUGUCAUGUUGCUUGUGUAACUGCCCGAUUGUCCUCGAAGAGAAACUUAGUCUGCUGAACUCCAAUACAAACUCGGAGUCUAGAACCCCACUGAAAACACCAGAAAAAACACCGGAGAAACUCUCUCCUUUGAUCACCCCAAGAACAAUUGCACUUGGUGGACAACUUUUAUUGUCAACACCUCUUCCUUUACCAGUGAAACAAAACAAUUUAAAAAUGAAUAAUAUAAUCAACAGUGAUAAUAGCGAUACAAAUGACAGUACACCGGAGACGUCUGGCCUCUCCCUCUCCCCACCGGAAAUAUUAUACACGUCACCAAAGUACUUUGAAAGGAGAGGGAGCUUGGGAAGGUCAUUCACAAAAGCGAUAUUUAAGGCGAAGAGAAAGCAGUGCGAACACUUAUUAAUCAGCCCACCGACCACUGAAUUCUUUCAGUGGUUCACAUUAAUGAACGAAAAAUAUGGAGAGUUUAAAAUCCCAUGCGCACAGUGUUACGAAGACGUCAUGGAGAGCUAUAAAAUCGACUUAGAAAGUGCGUCACACAAUAUCGAAAUGUACCAGAUGACCUCUUGUGAGCUCUUUAAAAACAUGAUUGGAGUUCAAGACGAGACCGAAACUGCCGAAACUGCCGUUAAAAUGUUAGAGGCGGAAAUUAGCACAUUGGAACGAGUGAACGCACAGUUAGUCGAAGAAAAAAGGACUCUCACACAAUGGAGUAAUCGAGUCAACUCGCAUAUUAAAGACUCUUUUCUUAAUGAAGCAAAAAUACUCGACUUUACACACAACGCGAAGUUGAGUCUAUUUUUGCAACAGACGGGGUUGAAUGACUUUUCAUCUGUGCCGCUUCAAAAGUCGAUUGCGUGGGCACAAGUGUUCAAAAAGGAGAACAUCGUCCCACAGACACAAACGAUAUGUUUGAUCACUCGAAUGCGACAAAAGCCUAUAAAUGCGAUCCUUGGAAUCAUUCUAACACAAUUAAAAGUGUUGGCUAGUAUGCUGAAAUACACAUACACCACGGUCACCUUCAAACAGAAUACACCAAACAAAGAAGUGUUUUUAAUCGAUCCUAAAGAGUUCCAAACUACUAACAAAAAGUACUUGAAAUGUGUCUUACAACACUUUUUGGCGAUGUUGAACGAGAUCCAAACGGUGUUGUAUGAAGAGAGCUCAAACGUCUUCUUUUUAAUAUAUAACAUUACUUCAGACUCAAUCAACGGAAUCGACUUCUUGGGCUAUGACGCAAAGAAGUGGCCACUCGCACUUGACUCCUUCCUCUCUAACACAGAGCACUGCUUCAAGUGGAUUUACAAACACUACAAAUAG